AAACUUAAAGAAAGCUGGAGGUGGUUAACCGUAAAGUCGACACAUCUCCGCACCUAUAAAGUUGAUCUGAACGUCGCGCGCCCGCCUCAGAAACACUUAACCCUCCAACUUAUCCGGACAGUUAUUAUACAAAAAUGCUGAAAAUACUUCAGAUUUUACUAUUAUUUGCUGUGCCUUGGUGUUGUUUGGCCCAAUUUUCCAUAAAGGGACCUAGCGAUGGUAAUCGACAGGCACAAGGUUUGAAGUAUAGUGCAGAUAAGGGGAUCGAAUACACUGACAAAAGUGCAUCACUAGGAACUGGCGAUUUUACAAUUCAAGGUGCAACGGAUGGACACAGUAGUUUUCAAAUUCAAGGCCCAUCGGAUGGAAAUACAGAUUUCCAAAUUCAAGCACCGAGUCAUGGUGGUGCUAAUACCUACCUACAGGAUCCGUAUGAUCCCAGACAAAGAGGCGAUAGCCCACAACAUCGUGCAUUACAAUAUCAAGAUCCAAGCGGUUUGAAAGUGAAUUGGCGAUUUGGCCAGAAUCGUCAAGUACAACCUCAACAGCAACAGCAGCAGCAGGAACAAUAUGCGCCGCAACCAGUUCCACAACCAGUAGCACAACAACCACGUCGUCGACCAGCACACAGACAACAGCAACAUCAACCUGCACGACAACAAGCACCGGCACAAAUACAACCAAAUUAUACUCCUUUUAAUAGUGCUCCAUCACAAAUUAAGCAGUUACUCGAAUAUCAGGCGCAGAUACCUUAUCAGAAUGCCAUUCCGGAACCGUUCAGAUUCGAUGCCGAAUCAGCUGCACAACUGCACGCUAAACAUUUCCAAGAGGAAUAUCCAAAGCAGGUUCAACAAGCAUUAAGCGAUAGGAAGAAUGUAUUGCAACAAGCGCCAGCUCCUGCACCAGUCGAAGCUCCACAGAGGCAUCAACCACGAGGUCAGUACCGUGCUAAAUAUCGUGCCGAAUCAAGACAAAAGCGUCAAGCACCAGGUGGCUAUCAACAACAACAACAACAACAGCAACAACCAGAUUUCUCCCAAUACAAAAGAAUAUCACAACCAGCACCUGAAGUAUUACCAAACUAUUCAACAAAUUUACCAACAGAAAUUUCAUCUCUAUUGAAAUAUCAGGCACAAAUCCCUUAUGAUAUUAUUGCAAAUCAAAUUAGUUAUGUUCCUGAUAAGCCAUACGUACCACAACCUGUUCAAGCACAACAGCAUGCACCACAACAACCACAACAACAGUACGCUCCACAACAACAACAACAACAAUACGCACCACCACAACAACCAGAAUACGUUCCACAAUACGCACAAGGUCUCGCUCAAGGUCCAAAUCAAGCACAAGGACAACAGUACGGUGGAGUACAAGCCCAGGGACAGUAUUAUGGUCAACAACCCACGCGUCCUGUGACUGAACAACAAUAUUAGAAUUUACAAUCAAUUUCUAAUUUUUUAAUUCACUUAAAAAGAAGGUAUGAAAUUUCCAUCAAAAAAAUAAAGAUUACUUUCUCUUUCUACUUCUACUUUCAAUAGUCGGAAAAAAAUCGUUUUUCAAAGAGAGGAAAAAAAGAGAUGACGGAUAUAUUUAUUUACAAAUUUUAAUCUCCAUCAGCGAUUAUUUCUUCUUUUCUUUUGCAUUACGCGUUUGAACUGUAAUAUCGAUUUCAAUCUAAAUAGAAAGUGCUACGACUAUUGGCACAAAUUUACAUUCAUUAGAAACAUGAAUUACCCAAGUGACUUUCCUGAGAUGAAAUGAAAGUGAAUUUUCAUGUUAUACAUUAUGCACGAUUAUUUUAUCAGACGUAUAUAUGCACAAUGAAGAACAAAAUUAUUCGUUUCUGUUCGUUUAUUUUAUUAUAUAUACAUUGUACAACUGUACAAUGUACGGAUUAUUAAUUAUUAUUUUUAUUGAAAAAGAAAAUGUCUGCGAUAAUUUAAUGAUA